GGAUGGAUGACACUUUUGAUAUAACUUCACAAAGACAUUUCUAGUUAUCAACUUUAAUGUUGCCUAUGUUUUGUAAUCUCAAUAAAAAACGGAAGAUUCCAGGUAACAAAGAGGAUACAUGUCUAGCAUACUUUGCCACAAGAUGAGUAACAGCAAAAACAUUGCCUUUUCUGAGGAACAUAUUAUGGUGAGGGAUCUACCUAUUACAUGGAUAAGGAAAGUGUUAACUUGGUUGCGGUGCUAUGACAUUGAUAAUGAUGGGUAUGCAGGCUAUGAUGACUUCAUGAAAAUAGCGGACAGAUUAAUAAAAUAUGGGAAACUCAAGGAAAAAGCUGCAGAUGAUGUCAUUGAGUUUUUCCAAACGCAUGCAACAGCUUCAAAGGCAGGGGUUAGAUCUGAGAUAAUGGCUGCAACAGGCACAGUACAGCAAAUGUUAGCAGGAUGGAAAAUUAAAGACAAUCCAGCUGCAAUUAAAGGAUGGCGGUCUGGAUUUUCCCUUAUGUUCAAGAUAUUUGAUUUGAACUCCUCUGGUUUCGUAACAUUUGAUGAAUACUUGGUUUUCUGGCUUGUUUAUGGCCUUGAUCUACGCUUUGCAAGGAUGCAGUUUGACUACAUGGAUACAGAUGGAGAUGGGAAAAUAUCAGAGGAAGAA